AUAUCGUCCAUAAUAUGGGUCUAUGUGCGAGAGAUGGGCAAUAACAACCCUAUAUUAUUCCACUAUAUCUUUAGAAAUGUCUUGGACCUCUAGUAUAUAUGAACAAUUUGACUAAAUUCUGGUACUUGAUGUAAGUUGAUAUGUGAGCUAAAUUUGUUCGAUUAUUCUCGUCCAGCCUUAUCUUGUGCUGGCCACACUCUAUUGUAACCACACGACAAACUAUCCCUAUUAAGCAUAUAAUAAUUCCAAUCCCAAGUCCAAAGAGCAACUUCCUAGGCAACUCUCUCUCUCAUUCAAUUCAUAGAUUAAGUCAUGUUCUUCUGUUCUUGUUAGAAUAUUACUAUAGUUUUUUUACUCAACUUUUAUACUAACUAAACUGAAAAAUCCACCCAUAACAUAAGUUUACAUAUAUAAUCAUCAAAGAAUAUAAGAUUCACAAAAAGAUAUUUUUUAUUUUAGGACAGUCACAAGGGACAAUUCCCAUGUUUGGUUAGGUAUUUCUUAGUGUGUUUCCUGCAUCUAUUAUCGAUGGUGUUCUUACAACGUGCCUAAUUUUUCAUCCUACUUCUGUUAAGAGAAUCGCGUAUUAUUGAGAAGGAAAUGCAACGAAUGGAGGAGAAAGACGAGAGGGAGAUAGCGAGGGAGGUGGUGGUGGAAGGUGAAGUAUCAGAUGAGGCGGUAACACUAGAAAGACUGCAACCAUGGAAUAAACAGAUCACAGUUAGAGGAGUUGUAGCAAGUGCAAUUAUUGGAGUGAUUUACAGCAUCAUUGCAAUGAAGCUGAAUCUUACAACAGGACUUAGUCCAAACCUUAAUGUUUCUGCUGCUCUUUUAGCCUUUGUUUUUAUCAGGACUUGGAACAAAAUCCUUAAGAAAGCUGGUUAUUCUCCUGUUCCUUUUACUAAACAGGAGAACACCAUGAUUCAGACUUGUGCUGUUGCUUGCUAUAGCAUUGCCAUUGGAGGUGGAUUUGGGUCUUAUCUUUUGGGACUGAACAAGAAGACGUAUGAGUUAGCAGGAGUUAACAUGGAAGGGAAUUCUCCAGCAAGUUAUAAGGAUUUGAAAGUUGGAUGGAUGACUGCUUAUCUUUUUCUAGUCUGUUUUGUUGGUCUGUUUGUGUUGAUCCCUUUAAGGAAGAUACUGAUUGUCGAUUAUAAGUUGGUAUUUCCAAGUGGUAUGGCAACUGCUGUGCUCAUUAAUGGAUUUCAUACAAGGGGAGAUAAAAUGGCAAAGAAACAAGUUCGCGGAUUUUUGAAGUACUUUUCAAUGAGUUUCUUAUGGGGUUUUUUCCAAUGGUUUUACACUGCUAAAGAGAACUGUGGAUUCAUUCAGUUCCCUACUUUCGGACUGCAAGCUUGGAGACAUACGUUUUACUUUGAUUUUAGCAUGACCUAUGUGGGAACAGGGAUGAUUUGUUCUCAUCUUGUAAGCUUGUCUUUGCUCUUUGGAGCCGUGCUCUCGUGGGGACUAAUGUGGCCUCUCAUUAACAAGCAGAAAGGAAAUUGGUUCCCUGAAAACAUACCAGAAGAAAGCAUGCAGGGUUUGAAUGGAUACAAGGUCUUUAUUUCAAUUGCUCUCAUUUUUGGAGACGGAUUCUAUAACUUCUUCAAAGUAAUGCUCAUCAUUCUGGUAAAUGUUCGAGGUAGAAUGAAACAAAAGGCCGCACAGAAUACAGAAACAAACGGUAAUGAAAGUAAAGCUCCCAACAUCAAAAGACAGAACGAGGUAUUUGUAAGAGAAAGCAUACCAAUGUGGGUAGCAGCAAGUGGCUACAUCUUCUUCUCAGUAAUAACUGUCAUCUUCCUUCCAAUGCUAUUCCCUGAAAUCAAAUGGUACUACGUCAUCGUAGCCUACCUUCUCGCACCAGCUUUAGCCUUCUGCAACGCCUAUGGAGCUGGACUAACAGACAUGAACAUGGCAUACAACUACGGCAAAGUAGCACUCUUUGUAUUAGCUUCCCUAGCAGGGAAAAAAUACGGCGUGGUAGCAGGACUUGUAGGUGCAGGAGUAAUCAAAUCAAUGGCAUUAGUUUCAUGCACAUUAAUGCAGGACCUUAAAACAGGACAUAUGACCUUAUCAUCACCACGAUCAAUGCUUAUAAGUCAAGCUAUUGGAACAGUCAUUGGAUGUAUAGUAACCCCACCUAGCUUCUUCCUGUUUUAUAAAGCAUUUGAUGUUGGAAACCCCAAUGGUGAAUAUAAAGCACCAUAUGCUUUGAUAUACAGGAACAUGGCAAUAUUAGGUGUUGAAGGGUUCUCAGCUUUACCACAGCAUUGUUUGCAGCUUUGUUGUGGUUUCUUUGCCUUUGCAAUACUUGCUGAUUUGAUUAGAGAUCGGACUCCGUCAAAGAUUGGGAGAUUGAUGCCGCUUCCUAUGGUGAUGGCGGUUCCUUUUCUAGUAGGUGGUUACUUUGCUAUUGAUAUGUGUGUGGGGAGUUUAGUGGUGUUUGUGUGGCAUAAGAUUAAUUCUAAGCAGGCAGAUUUGAUGGUUCCUGCAGUGGCUUCUGGGUUGAUCUGUGGGGAAGGAUUAUGGUCACUUCCUGCUUCGUUUCUUGCUUUGGCUAAUGUAAAUCCUCCGAUUUGCAUGACAUUUUUGUCUUCAAAGACAUAGAACAUUUUCUGUAAUGGCUAUAGACAGGUUUUUGUUUUCACAAUAAUGUAUACAUUUUUCAGAAUUUUUCAUGAUCCCUCAAUUCAAUACAGAGUUUUCAGGUGCA